AUGAGGGGCAGUGACGCUUCUUCCUCCUCCCCCCUCUAUGGAAUUUUCCUUCAUGACUCACAGAGGGAGAGAGCGGCUAGGGUUUGGGAGAUGCAAAAGAGCAGCAGGCUCAAUUCUGAGUUCGACGAUAUGAGUUCAAAGAUAUGCGACAAUACGAGUUCGUGGACAUGCAACGAUACGAGUUCUCAUCCUCUCUCAUUCUCUCACAGCUGUCACUGUAGCAACAAUGACUAUUCAACUUCCCGACCACCAAUCGAUGAUGUUGUGCACCAGUUGACCACACCGUGUUCACCAAACUUGUUCAUCUCCUCCUCUACAAAACCCACUAAAGAAUUGGUCUUGAAAACCCAAGAUUUCACUAGAGUUUGGAUUGAAACCAAUACCCAAAACCAUCCUUCAACGCAGGCGGUUCAGCAAGGGGAUGACAUUUGA